UAAUGCGCACGAGCGCCCUCUGUCUUCACAGAAAGGAACUGCACCAACAUUCCAAGCUGAAUAUCUUUUGAGUCGCUCUUCCUUGAGUCUCUGGACUCUCAGCCAAUCUGAAUGCUGUGACGAGGAGAGGCAGGAUCCCAAUAUUUAACACACAGGGCACUGAUACAUCUACACCUGUCACUGACUGCUCUUCAUGAAGAACUAAUGCACUUUAUCUCCCUCUUCACAUACUGCAGAAAUCCACACAUGGGACUGCUGAUCCGACAUCCGUGCGGUUCUUGAGAAGUCAAACGGCGGUUUUCUCGUGCUUUGUCAUUAUUUACCGGGACAUUUUACAGAUGCGCUUUAUCAUGAUGAACUGAAGGUGUAAGGAUGCGGCAGGACAUCUGAUCUAAACCAAAAUCAUCCGCGCAACUAUGCCGAAGAGAAAUAUGUCUUGAUACACCUGGAAACACCAGGAUUUUUGCACCUGAUUUUUGAACAUGGAUCUCCCAUCAUAAGGAGGAUUACAGUCGGACACCACAUGCGCCCUUAAAUAUCCUUUAUUAUAGGCUGUAUUAUAUUGUUGCAAGGUAUAAAAAUGAUCCUUUUCCGUAAAUUUCGCGUGUUGAUUUUAAUGGUGUUUCUGGUCGCCUGCACCAUGCACAUCAUGAUAGACCUGUUACCCAAGCUGGAGAAGCGCGCGGCGGGCUCGAGCUCCAGCGCUGGAGGAGGAGGCGGCUGCUCCUGCGCUCACACCCCGGGCGAGGAGUCUCGGUCCUGGGCCAAACAGCGCGGCAGAGCCGCCGCCGCCGAACCGGGCUGGCCUAAUAAACACUCUUUGAGAUUACUGCAGGAUUUCAGCAAUGAACCCAACUCCAAUCUCACUUCGCACUCACGGGAGAAAGUGACAGAGAGAGCCGAGUCUGAAAAGAGAGUGAGACAGCUGCAGUUGGGCUCAGAGAAGAGGGGUUUGAUGAGAGACACCGUGAGCGGACAGAAGCAGAGAGCUGUCCAGGGUUCCUCCAGACUGAAGGCGCUCUAUGAGAAUCCGCUCUAUAAGACUGACCUGCCUCAUCUCUCUGAAGAUGACACCUUAUUCAACCUCAACACUGAUAUAAGAUUCUACCCCAAAGCUGCCGGACAACAAGAAUGGCAUAACGAGGGAAACGUGGAGGAGGAGGAGUACAGUCCGGCAGGGGAGGCCAGUGCUGAGUCAUACCCCAACUGGCUCCGCUUCCACAUCGGGAUUAACCGAUAUGAGCUGUACUCCAGACACACCCCAGUCAUAGCGGCCCUCCUGAAGGACCUGGUCUCCCAGAGGAUCACCAGCGUAGCUAUGAAGUCAGGCGGCACUCAGCUGAAGCUCAUCAUGUCAUUCCAGAACUACGGACAAGCUCUGUUCAAACCUAUGAAACAAACGAGAGAACAGGAGACACCCCCAGACUUCUUCUACUUCUCUGACUUUGAGCGACACAACGCAGAGAUCGCUGCAUUUCAUCUGGACAGAAUCCUGGAUUUCCGGAGAGUUCCCCCGGUGGCCGGCAGGCUGGUGAACAUGACACGGGAGAUCCGAGACGUGACCCGUGACAAAAAGCUCUGGCGGACAUUCUUCGUUUCCCCAGCCAACAACAUCUGCUUCUACGGCGAGUGCUCCUACUACUGCUCUACAGAACAUGCCCUGUGUGGGAAGCCUGACCAGAUCGAGGGCUCCCUGGCUGCAUUUCUUCCUGACUUGGCACUAGCUAAGCGCAAGACCUGGAGGAACCCCUGGCGCCGUUCCUACCACAAACGCAAGAAAGCUGAGUGGGAAGUGGAUCCGGAUUAUUGUGAUGAAGUCAAACAGACUCCUCCAUAUGACCGAGGCACACGACUUCUGGACAUCAUGGACAUGACUAUCUUUGACUUUCUAAUGGGCAACAUGGAUCGUCACCAUUACGAGACUUUUGAGAAGUUUGGAAAUGAGACUUUCAUUAUUCAUUUGGACAACGGCAGAGGAUUUGGAAAGCAUUCACAUGAUGAAAUGUCCAUCCUGGUCCCUUUGACUCAGUGCUGCAGAGUGAAGAGGUCGACGUACCUGCGGCUACAGCUGUUGGCUAAAGAGGAGUUCCAGCUGAGUUCUCUGAUGGAGGAAUCGCUACUGCAGGACCAGCUGGCGCCCAUCCUCAUCCAGCCCCACCUGGAGGCCAUGGACCGCCGAUUGCGCCUGGUGCUCAAGGUGCUGGCCGACUGCGUGGAGAAAGAAGGCUUCCCAUCAGUGGUGGAGAACGACCUAGAUGGACAGCCCUCCUCGCACCACCACCAGGCGCACGGAGGGAGGUAGUGAGGCCUGAACCUCGGUCCCUGUCAGUCAGUCGCCCACCAUGAGCCCCACCAAGGCUUGUGCUCGAGUCACACUCUGAAUUCAGUGAAUUCCAUGACUAGCCACCAAUGCCUCUGAGGAGCCAACCUAUCCUGUGUAGAUGCGUGAUAUGGAUGUACAGAGACUAGUUAUCAGAGGAACGCUGGGAUGAAAAAGUUAUAUGGUUUCUGGAUGGCCGAGGCUUUUGUUUGAGCUGUGCUCGCAGCUGAAGAACAAACUUUUCUGUUGCAUCCUGAUUUGUUUGACAAGUCUGCUUCUAUAAUUUAAUACAUUUGCAUAUUGCCGAGUGUACAGAAGACUUUACAGAAAGGGACCAAAGUUGGAACAGAGAUCUAUAUAUUCAAGUACACAACUGUUAUUUACUUUGCUCAUUUAGGUCUUUGACAUAAGGGCACGUAAACGAGCUUUAAUGACAGUGCUGCAGUGCAGUACUACUGUGCAAGGACACUUAAACACAUCCUUCUCUGUACAUUCACAAUUCAGCAUCAUUUCCUGCCAUCUGAACUAAGCCAUCGUUUUAAAUCUCACAUCGUGCCAUCAAGCCUUCAGUCAUUCGGCACAUUUGUUGUUUCAUUUAGGGAAAUUCAGAGGUGAAGUGCACACUUCAUUUAAGGUUAUUCAGCGGUGAACCACGUGUUUAAACAUCUUCAUGGAGAAUGAGAGAAUGACGCUGAUUGGUUGUUCAGGUGUCCUGUGCCCGCAGUCAGUGUUUUCCAUCUCAGGUCCCAUGCUGAAUACACCUGCUUUCUUUUAAUCAGAACCUUAAGGACAAGCUGAUGCUAUGCUAGUGGAAGUUCAUAAUGUUGUUAGUCGUACUUCACGCUGAACCUAUCUCGUGUCUCAUCUGGCUGAGUGAUUUCAGCGGUUGAUUAUAGAGUAGGGCACAGGCUUGAGGGAAUGAAACAAACCAAUUGAACAUGUUGGGAACUGACACUUUGUCCUAACUAGGGCCCUCUUUACACCUGGUAUUAAGAUGCGUCUUGGUGGAUCGGAUCACAAGUAGAUGAGAAAGACAUUCCCAUUUACACCUGGUGUUUUAAUUUGUCUCUUUUGAGAGGAGGGUCUAUGUAUGGGCUUUUUUUGAUCUUUCAAUCUAAUAUUGUGAAAUAAGAUCGCACAAUUUAAAUAUGAACGUAAAAGGAGAUAACGGAAAGUGAUACGGAGAGCAGCAGCUAUUGUUUCUGCUCUGAUAGACCACAGCGAACUCUGUGAGUGGGUGUUAGAAAUUAGGAAUGGUGAAGAACGUUGUGCUUGGUACUUUUUUUGUCUUUAAUCCAACCGACCGGGUCUUCAACAAAGUUUAAAUCCCGUCUGGCGAGCACGCAUCCCAUAUUGUUUAUGCGUUGGGUCUGUAGGUGGAAAGUAGAUGGUCUUUUGUGGCUGUUCGAACACAUUCAACCGCAUGAGCAUCUACACUACGAAAGCAAUCUGGUCGAAUGCGUUUUCGAGUACAUCUGGAAGUGGUCGAAAGUGGACAAGGUUUCAGACCCCGUUUACACCUGUAUUUAGUGUCAUCCACUUCAGAUUGACAAAAACAUCUUAAUACCGGGUGUAAACAGGCCCUAGAAAACAUAAAGUGUCAGGUCCAUAAUAUGUUUUUUGUUGUUUUUUUUUUAUCCCAACCGGUUGAGAACACGACUAGUGACAAGACAUUUAGUUUUUUCUGGUCCUAAAUCCUGCUCCACAUAUGUAUUAUGCUGCGUUCCAUUCACAGUCAAACAUGGGAUAUUCAUACUUGACAUCUUUUAUCUCUAAUUCUCCCCUUAGUUUUGCAGGUGUUGCAUGAUCUAUGAAGAUUUGUCCUAGAGAUCAAACUGGGGAGGUUACAUGAUGGUACGCAGUGCAAGCAUUUGCUGUUCUGCGAUUGUAGACAGAGAUGAUCACUCAUAGUGUUUUACACACCUGUUUCCUCGGAACUCAUUAAUGCAUUUUAAUAACUUAUAUUGAAUGUUUAGCUGUAACUGUGUACAUCUCCCUGUGUGCCACCAUGCUUGUGUGAUUAUACACCCAUAUCUAUGUGCACAAAAUCUUCUUAAGUUGAAGUUGGAAGUGGUGCUCUAUUGCGGUGUUUCCCAACCCUGUUCCUGGAGGAACACCAACAGUACACAUUUUGAAUGUCUCGCUUAUCUGAACCAUAUAUUUCUGGUCUUGGAGUUUCUACUAACGAACUGAUGAGUUGAAUCAGGUGUGUUUGAUUAGAAAGAUUUGGAAAAUGUGUACUGUUAGUGUGCCCCAGGAACAGGUUGGGAAACACUGCUCUAUUGCACUUUUCCAAGUAAGACAUUGGAAUUUUCGACUUUUCGGCAAGUUGAAGGGAAUUCAUAUAUGUUCUGGGGCCGGAUUCUCAAAAAUGUUUUUAAGAAAGAAGGAAUUUCUUAACUCUUUCCCUUUCAGCAUUUACUAAAAAGCGUGUCAGACAGCACAUUGUGAACAAAAAGCUGAGAAAAUUACAUUUUUGUGAAAGAUUCAGAACGAUGAUCAAAACAUAGAUGGAGUAAACGGAGUCCAUCAACAUGCCCAAAGAUUGCAAGUUUUCUCUUUAGAACAAUCUUAAGAAAAACAAAAAACAUUAUUAAAUGGGCUAUAUGUAGAAUUCAGAAACCCUUGUUAUUAGCGACACCGGUGGCCAUUACGUGAACUGCAGCAUUACUUAUUGAACUUAUUGUUCGUGCACACAUAAUGCACAAGAGACUGAACAUGAUUCAAGGCCACGAUAUACUCAAGGCGAAGUUAUUUUUCGUUCUUCGAUUAGAAGUAAAAAGUAGUUGGAAAUACCUUUGCAGCGAUAUACUGUUAACAUACAUCCUGACACCAUAUAUGCUGCUGAGAGCGACGUUUAGAUGAAUAUGUGAAUACUGCUACUUUCCUCUCAAUAACAAUGUAAACACACAACAAAAAUGACAGCGGUGAGAAAUGGCGAUGUGGAUAUGUUUGCACCAGCUCUGCAGUUCACCGGCAUCGUGUCGACAGGUUAAAAUUACAUUGUUAUGAUAGUUUGAUUAUAAAGUAGCCUAUAUUUAAGACUAUAGACUAUACAGAUUAAUCCCUUUUCUUUGCAAGACACAUUGACAUUACAGUACAGUACAGAAUUGCUCUUUCGGCAUUAUCUUUAACAUUGUAUAAGCAUUCAUUUCACAUGUCAUUGAACGGAGGAGAGGUUCUCAGGAGCGCGAGUAACCGUAACAUCCUUUGGAUUUUCCUUCACAUAAAAAUCAGUCUACAGGCUUAGACAACCUAAAAAGUCUGGGAGGGUCUUGUUUUUUAACGUUUCGUUAUAAGCUGUUCACACGUUGGCAGUAAAAAAAGUGGUUAAAACAUGAUAAUUCUUACAUAUUGCCCCUUUAAGAAGUUUUUUAACUUUUAUUUUUAAAUCUUAUUCUUAAGAAUGUGUCGUGAAUCUGGCCCCUGAAUAGCAAAUUACUUGCUGCUGGAAAGUGGUUGGUGUAAUGGUGAUAGAUCAUUUUAUUUUUCAGCAUUAGUCACAUAUACUGACUUUUCACAAUUGCGUUGCUCUGUAUAAAACGUGUUUUCAGUGCUCACUUAUUUUGUAUUGUGUAAACUACAGCCAAAAAGGCAAUAGAGUGCCUUUAAUCUUUCUAGCAGUGGUAAGUGCCACUUCCAGUCUCAUUCAUUCACUCAUAUUCCUGCCAAAACAUUGUAAAGAAAUUUUAGUUGGUCUCUAAAUGAAACCUUUCUGAAGUAGUCAGUCAUGUGUGUUGUAUGUUAAAAGCUCACAUUGCUAUUUAUUAAGAGAGAGUACAUUUUUGAGGAAAUCUUGUGGGGUUUUAGGUCAUAUUUUGCAUUUGAGAUUAUUUUUGCGCUUUAAAUGAAGUCCCUGUUCCUCGCAGGCAUUGUAAAGAUGAUUUGAUAGUCUGACAGCUCUGUGUAAAGUGACAUUAUGGCUGAAUCUUUUAAGAAGGGCCACAUGUGUUUUGUGUUUAACCCCAGUGCCUGUGCAAUGCUCAAGAAACUUGAAUGUUUUGGGAUUAUUCACAAACUGACCUUUUAGUAGCCCAUGGCCUGGUCUCAAAACAGUUUUUUUUUUUUUUUUCAGUGAGAAGUGACGAAUUAUAGGAUGGUCAACAUUUGUGUUAGCCAAACAGAAUCAAAAACGUUCCCAAUACUCUCAGUGUUUCUGUAAAUAUCUGUAAAUAUGGUACGUUGAUCCAAAAGGCUGUUUUUGGAGCAAAAAUGCUUCAGUUUUCUUUUCAUCUCUUAAGCAUUGUUACUGUGAAGAUCUGUUUGCAAAAUGAUAAAAGUGUGCAAUAAAUGAAGCUAUGUUGUU